AUGGGGAAAUACAGAAAGAGGUUCAAUGAAAAGGCCAGAACUGGAAUGCUUGCAAAGCAGGCAGCUUUGAAAAGAGCAAGGAAUAAGCAGUUUUACAACACAGGUGAUGAGCACGACGAAACACCAACCACAGAAGUUGAACAAUCCAAUGGCGGAAAUAGUAUUAAUAAUGGUGUUCAGCCAAGUAAUCUUUCAACGCAAGUUAUUGACGACCCAAAUGCUCAAAUUUUGAAACCAGUGACAGAGGAAGAGAGACUUGCUAGAAAGCGGGCAUUGGAGGAGAAUCUUUUCACACAAAAUGCAAAGGAGGCAAAGAUCUCAAAGGCCAAAAAGAAGCGAUUAGACAAGUACAUCGAGCAUCAGCUUAAAAGAGAGGAAAAGAAGAUUUUAUUGGAGAAAUUGUCCGAAACUCGAAUGGAUACUAGCAAAUUGUCUGCCUUGAAGGAACUCGGAAAGGGUAAACUUACCAAAAAAGAAGAAAUGAUUGAAGCAUUGGAGUUGGAAAGACAAGGUAGAGGCGAUGACCGAACACGAGAUAUAUUAUAUGAAACAAGAGAAGUUAAGGAAUACGGAGACAGUGAUGAGGACAAUAGAAACUAUUUCAACAAUGCUGAUUCCCAAGAAGAAGAAGAAGAGGAUGAGGAACAAGAAGGAGGGGCUCAUAUACUCCAGAAUAAGAAACUGACGGCUUUUAAACAGGGCGAUACAAACAAAGCUACUUCUUCAUUUGUGGAUAACAGACCUUCAAAGUUUGGUGGUUCAGGGUUUGGAUUUGGGUUUAAGAAUAUUCCAGUGAUCAAAAUGGAUGAAAAUGUGCCAAAGAAGAAAUAUGGAUGGAGGAAACGAAUAGAGAUGGCAGAGAAGAAAAAAUCAAUUGAAGAUGAAGAAGACGAUUUUGCCAGUUCUGAUGAUGAUGAUGAUCAUAGCGAUUUGGAACAUACAGAUAGCAGUGGUGAAGAGCAUACAUUGGACUCUGAAACAGAUGACAGCGACGCUAACGAUAGCGAAGAUGAAAGAGAAGAAGAUGAUGAGUUGAUAAUGAAAACAAACGGGAAAGAAACCGUAAACACUGAUACAAACGGAAAAAAUUUGCUCAAGGAUGAUUAUGAAGGUAGAUCUGAAGACAUCUCCGAAGAAGAAGAGGAAGAAGAGGAAGAAGAAGAUGAAGAAGAUACCGGUAGCAGCAACUCGAGUUAUGAAGAUGAAGACGAUGAUGAAGAGGAGGAGGAGGAGGAGGAAUUGGAUGAAAAUGACAAAGCAAACUCGAAAUUGAUGCAAAGCAAACCUCGUCACUCCAGUAUAGCAAAAUCAUUCAAAGAAUGGGCUGAACAACAAAUCAAAGUUGCCGAAGGUCGUGAUGAUGUUCCCCUUAGAGUUGAAGUUUCUGAUAAAGUAAAGGAAAAAUACGCUAAACCAACAAUCCAUGAAGAGGACAUCGAUCAUUCUUCUGAUGAAGAAGGAUACAUACCGGUGAAUAAAAACCUUAAAAGAGAUGCAUUUGUUGUUGAUGUGCAACGACUGGAUGAAAUACAACAACAAAGAAUAGGUUUGCCUGUGUUUGCAGAGGAGCACAGGAUUAUGGAAGCCGUGUAUCAUCACGAUUGUAUAAUUUUGUGUGGUGAGACUGGUUCUGGUAAGACUACUCAAGUGCCACAGUUUUUAUAUGAGGCCGGGUUUGGAAACAAAGACAAUAAACUAUAUUCAGGAAUGAUUGGAAUCACUCAACCUAGAAGGGUUGCUGCUGUUUCCAUGGCCAAGAGGGUAGGACAAGAGUUGGGCAACCAUGAAAACCGUGUAGGUUAUCAGAUCAGGUUUGACACUACGAUCAAAGAUGAAGGAACAGCCACUGGAACGGCCAUGAAAUUUAUGACAGAUGGUGUCUUGCUCAGGGAAAUGAUGUCUGAUUUUUUGCUUACCAAAUAUUCUGCAAUUAUCAUCGAUGAAGCUCAUGAGAGAAACAUCAAUACCGAUAUCCUCAUUGGUAUGUUAACGAGAAUAUUGAACUUGCGGAGAAAGUACCAUAACCAGGACCCGACAAAAUACAAGCCGCUUAAACUCAUAAUUAUGUCGGCCACAUUAAGAGUUUCUGAUUUUUCUGAAAACUCAACAUUAUUCAAAGUUCCUCCACCAAUAAUUAAUAUCGAGACAAGACAGUAUCCAGUAUCAGUCCACUUUAACAAAAAGACCGAGUUUGAGUAUUUAGAUGAAGCAUUCAGGAAGGCAUGUAAAAUACAUAGGAAACUUCCACUUGGUGGAAUCUUGAUUUUUCUUACAGGCCAAUCCGAAAUUACAACUUUGGUGAAAAUAUUGAGAACCGAAUUUUCAGAGAAAAAAAAUAAAACAAAGAGUAUUGGCGGUGGUAAGAGUGGCGGGGAGAUUACUAACCCUCGUGGUCAACAUGUUUACAAAGACAAUAUAGAUGAUGAUAAUGAUGAUGGCAAUAGUAAUCACAAUACUGAGGUUCGAAAGGUCGAAGUGUCCGAACAUGUCCAGCAAGAAGCGGAGGAUAUUGAAUUCGAUAUUGAUGCAAUUGAUGCCUCGAUCUACGACGAUAAAGAUGAUUACAAUGAUGAUGAUGAAGAAGAAGAAGAAGAAGAAGGUUUUGAGGAAGCCGAGGAAAGGAAAGCUGAGGAUGUGGGGCCUUUGCACGUGUUGCCCCUUUUCUCUCUUUUACCAACCAAGGAGCAAAUGAAAGUUUUCAAUGAUCCACCCAAGGGUAGUAGACUUUGUGUUGUGUCUACAAAUGUAGCAGAAACUUCCUUGACUAUUCCAGGUAUACGUUAUGUUAUUGAUUGUGGGCGAGCUAAGGAGAAAAAAUUCAACAAAGAUAAUGGUGUGCAAUCCUAUGAAGUGGACUGGAUUUCUAAAGCAUCAGCCAACCAAAGAGCAGGAAGGGCUGGUAGAACUGGUCCUGGUCAUUGCUACAGGCUUUACUCUUCUGCAGUUUUUGAAGAGUUUUUUCCACAAUUUAGCGUACCAGAAAUACUUCGAACACCUUUUGAAAGUGUUGUUUUGAGUAUGAAGUCUAUGGGAAUCGACAUUAUUCACAAUUUUCCUUUUCCUACACCUCCAGACCGUUCGUCGCUUAAAAACGCAGAACGAGUACUCGUGACACUUGGUGCACUUGACCAGAAACUGAAACAAAUUACUGACUUGGGUAAAAAAAUGGGGUUGUUCCCGUUGAGUCCUCGUUACGCCAAAAUUUUAAUCGUUGGAAACCAGCAAAACUGUUUGGAUUAUAUAAUAGCCAUCGUUUCAGCAUUGAGCGUUGGAAACCCAUUUAUUCUGGAAAAUGAACUUAUUAGAAAUCUGGAAGCAAUGGAUGAGGAAGCACGGAAAGAGCUUAGGUCGAGAUUCUUUAAAUCAAAAGCGAUGUUUUCAAAACUCGACUCAUCGAGUGAGUGUAUGAUGUUGCUUUCAGCAGUCUGUGCCAUGGAUCACGUUCCUCAGGAUAAACUCCAAGCAUUUUAUGCUUCGAAUUUUUUACGACCUAAAAUUAUGGAGGAAAUACAAAAGCUUCGCAAACAACUAGAUUCAAUAGUCCAAAGGUGUCUUAAGGAGGUUGAUAAAUUGAUAAGUGACGAAAGCAGUAACAGAAAUAAAGCUAAAGCACUAACCGUACCAUCCAGUAAACAAGUUGGCGCUAUGAAGCAAAUGAUUGCAUCUGGGUUUGUUGAUCAAGUUGCUAUUCGUGGUGAUUUAAUUUCUGCUGAUGUGAAAGUGGCGGAUAGGACUCGCAUUAUAAGUAUUCCUUAUUGCCCAGUGCUUCCAGUAAGUAAAGAUGAUCCAUUUGUAUACAUCCAUGCCAACUCAUUGGUUGCUAACUCGGGUGCCCUUCCUGGCGCUUACAUUGUUUACCAAUCACUUAGUUCAAAGAGUUCUGCACAAGAUGAAAAUGUUAAAGUUAGGAUGAGUCCAUUGGUCGAUAUAAGUGGGAAACAAUUGACAAAUAUAGCGAAAAGUUCCCCGCUUCUUUCUUUUUCCAAACCGUUGGGUCAUCCUUAUGCACCAAAGAAUUUGACACCAAAUAAAAGAGAAUGUUAUGUCGUGCCCCGUUUUGGAGCUACACUAGGGACAGGCGGAGUGGGAUGGGAUCUACCCGCCAUAAAAAUUAUGCAAGAGAAGAAACAAGGUCAUUGGGUAUUAGCUGAAACAACACAGAAAAGCAGCAAUGGUAGUGCUAGUGCUAGAAGUAGUGGUAAAAACUUUUGA